AUGUCAGAACGUCGGAGCAAAGUAUUGAUCAUUGGAGCUGGUUACGGUGGUAUCGCCACGGCUAUACGCUUGUUGGACAGUGUAAAGACCACUGACUUCCACAUUUAUGAUAAAGAAUCAACAUUUGGUGGCACUUGGUGGGUUAAUAAAUAUCCGGGAUGCGCAGUUGAUAUUCCGGCUUUUUUUUAUUCGAUUUCGUCUGAUCAGAUCACGGAGUGGAGCAAGCUGUUUCCGCCUCAAGAAGAAAUCAUUAAAUAUGUCCACACAAUAGUUAAGAAGCGAGGAUUAAAUAAUUAUGCGACCUUCGAGGCAACUGUUCAAAAACUUGAUUGGGAUAUUGAAAAUGAAGAAUGGGUAGCUACAAUUAAGCUCAAGGAUGGUUCUGUUGUUAUUCACCGUGCAACCGUUGUUGUCAGUGCCAGGGGUGGACUGGCUGAUCCAAGCUAUCCAUCUAUCCCUGGUCUUGAAGUUGAUCGCGAGACUCGAGUCUUUAAAGGCGAUUAUGCACACUCAGCAAAAUAUGACACUAAUAUUGUAACUGAAGGUAAAGAUGUUAUUAUUAUUGGCAAUGGUUGUAGCGCUGCCCAAAUUAUACCAGCUAUUGCUGAUGAAGCUAAGUCAGUGUCUCAAUUUGCCCGAUCAAGCCACUGGCUCAUGCCUCAGCCCAAAGCGUCGCCAAAAGUUAUUAAGUGGAUUAUCGAGCAUAUCAUUGGAUAUAAGCUUGCAAGAUUCUUGGCAUUCUUUGCUUUGGAGUUACAGUUCCCAAUGUUUCAGACUAAGGGAUUUUUAACUAGUAUUGUUAGGGGAUUGUCCACGAGGUUGUCGAAAAAACACGUCUUUAAGACAGCACCUAAAAAGUAUCAUGAUAUGCUAAUCCCUGAUUUCAAGAUUGGCUGUAAAAGGCGUAUUUUCGAUGACGGGUAUUUGCAGAGCUUAAACAAUGAAAACGUUCUUUUGACCAAGGAUCCCAUUGUUUCUGUCACUGAGGAUAGUGUUGUCACCAAGUCUGGCGAGCGCUAUCAUGCUGACGUUAUCAUUGCUGCUACUGGUUUCGAUAUUAAAAGAUCUGCCGGUAAUGUUGAUGUGUAUGGCAUAAACAAGAAAGAAGAUAUGAAGCAAUAUUGGGACCGGACUGGCCUCUCUGCUUACAGUACAGCCCAAGUCCCAGGCUAUCCCAAUUUUUUUAUUGUUGGUGGACCCAACCAUGCCACGGGACACACUUCAGUGAUACUUCAAAUUGAAAAUAUCUUGACCUAUGUUGAAAAAGUUGGCCGGUAUGUGUUUAAUGGCACUGCUUCAAGUGUAGAUGUUAAGGCAACCGCUUACGAAGAAUGGAAAGAUGAGUUAGCGGAAGCAUCGAAAAAUUCUGUAAUCAUUGCCGGUGGUUGUAGUUCUUGGUAUGUCGAAGAUGGACGUAACAUUGCAUUCUAUCCUUGGUCUCAAAUUACUUAUUGGUAUCGGUCAACCUUCCCUAAAUUCCAAGAUCAAACGUAUCAUUGGACUGGAAAAAACCAGUUUAUUGUUGAACGACAAAGAAAACUAUUUGCAUUGGGAAGCUUGGCUGCUGUAGCUUCAGCUAUUGCCUACAGAUUUACCUAA